AUGGCUCUGUUUCAAGUGAUCGCGCCCAAGUGCUCUCAGUACCCUCAGGCAGGCCCUCAGCUGGAAGCCAUGCGGACUCAUAUCUCUGGACUCAAGGCGACUCAUGCACUCGGAACCGAGGUCGUGGGAGCCUUUGACCAUACCAUUCAUCGUCAGCUCGUCGCCAAUACUCCUCCAAGAGCCAUUGCCCUGUUGAACUUUGACGAGACAAUCGAACAACUUGUACAAAUGUGCACGGACCUCAUGUCGAUCGGGAAGGCCCUCCCCUUCACAGACACCGCAAACUUGGUCAACUUCUUCAUACUGUUUGGAAGUCAAAAACCAGCGCCAGGAGCAUUCCCGCGCUCCAUCCUCCAAACCGUGCUCUACGAGGACAGAAUUGUCAUGGGCUCCCGCAAAGUUGAAGACGUCGUCCGCGAAUCCAUCCAGGAAACCGUCUCGCCCGUCUCCUGGAUCUUUGACAACUUUGACGUUCUCCAGACCAAACUCGGUGGGGCCGGUAAUACGACCCCAGCCUCGGAAUUUCAGAUGCUGGAGUCUAUUCCUGAAUUGGCCGAGGACAAUAUCUCUUCGUACAAGUUGCGGAUCCAGACGAAUGUUGUCAUGUUUGUCGAGAAGGCAACAAAACCGUUUGUGGACACGCUGCAGAUUAUGGGCCAGAAUACGUCGAGACAGAGGAGGAACUUGCGCAAGAUUGUGCAGCUUUGGGAGACGUUGCAGGAGCAGGCUGAAGUCUUUGAUGCAGAUGUGCAUGCUGUCCUCGAGGAGUUGCGAAUUCAUCAGCUGGGGCCUACUGAUGAUGAAUAUGGAGCUCUGGAACAACCGGCGGCACCGUUUUAUUUUGUCUCGUGGGUGUAUCAUUUGAAGCUCUGGGUCAUGGAAUGGCUGUUGCUCCUUGGAUCUGAACUUGAGCUUUAUUCGCCCUUUGAAUACUCCAUGGUUUACGCAUACGUGGAUUCGGUGCUAGGCGCACAUUCUCAACAUUUACAGCGCAUCAGGUCCAUCAUCCAGUCAGAAGUCAUAGAACCCGAACCCGUUGUACCCAUCGACCCCAUCCUCACCAAAGAAACCCACGAAGAAUCCGGCAUCAAGGACACUUCAGAACAAAAGAAGAAAAAGAAAAAGAAAAAGAAGCCCUCCGCCUCCGCCACUACCGCCACCACCACACCCACAACCGCAGGAAAAGUCAUCGAAUACGCCAAACCCAAAAAGACGCUCCUGAUGUGGCAGUACCUGACAUCGGUCAAGAUGCAGUUGACACGAGGCGUCUUCUUGGUCCUGGCUUCUCUCACCAAGGCAGGCCAUUUGACGACGACUCCGCCUCAUAUUGCGAGCCAUGGAUUGAACGAUUUGGAGACAUUGUUUGCCCAUCGCUUCCGGGCAUUCAGGUUGUUGUCAUCGCCUGAGGCGCUGACUUUUGAGAACUUUCUGAGCCGGGUCGACUGUGAUGGUCUCGACUCGAUUGCAAUUUUGGACUACGCGAACGACUACUUUUCUGAAGCUCAACGAGUCCUGGACCAGCUCUUGAUGCUCUCCGCGACUGAAGCAGAAGUCCUCCUCUGCGAAGAUGCUUGGCGCAAGGAUAUCAAAAACAUGAUCAAGGUGUGCAUCGCUAGCAAGAUCGGAAUCGCAGGUCUGCAAAAAGACGCAAGGAUGCUCGAGCUCAGAAAGUCAACACUGGAAGCCCAGAAACGGAAACCGGCAGCAUCUUCACCAGGACCCAAGCUCACGACCGCUCAAAUCAAGUCCUCGCCAUCUUCAGGUUCAAAAGCUUCAGCACCGGUGCUCAAGGCACCCGUGAGGAAGGUAGUCUUUGAAUGGAAGUAUCAUUCUUGGUGGCCCGUUGUUACCCUUGCUCCGCCAUCAUCAUAG